CAAAGAUGUCGGCUCGGUCAUGUGAUCAGCUGUGUCCAAUCACAGCUGAUCACAUGUAAACACGGAAAUGCCGGUUAUCGGCAUUUCUCUCCUCUCGAGCUGUCACACUGGGACAUGUACACUGAUCAUCAGGGCACUGAUGAUCAGUGUGCCAUGAUGAUCAGUGUAGCCCCAGCAGUCCCACCUGUCAAAGUCCAUCAGUGCCAGCUGUCAGUGCCGAUCAGUGCCACGUGCCAGUGCCUAUCAGUGCCACAUCAAUGCCACAUAUCAGUGCCCAUCUGUGCUGCCUUUCAGUGCCAUCCAUCA